AUGUUUGUCUUUGGCUGCGCGCCCUAUGGCGCCGACAGCGUCCUGCGGCUCUACGACCUGAUACGCACAGCGCCGCUGGCCUGGCCCGCGCCCGGCGGCCCGGGCGCGCCAGGGGCGCCGCCAAGCGCGGCGCUGCGGUCGCUGCUGGAGGGGCUGUUGGAAAAGGACCCGGAGAAGCGGCUGAGCCUGGCGCAGGUUGCCGCGCACGAAUGGGUCUCCAACUCCGGCCGCCUCCCGCCGCUGAAGCUGUGCGCCGGCGGCGGCGCGACGGGCGCUGGAGACGCCGCCGCCGGCGGCGGGGGCGCAGCAGCUGCCGCUGCCGCCGCGGCCCCCACCGGCGCGCGGGGCGCGCCGUCGGGCGCGGAGCAGGCGGGGGCGCUGACCGCGUGGGUGCACCAGGUGAAGGCGGCGGUGCCUUCGGUGGAGGAGCGCCUUUUCAAGAGGGGCCACGUGCUGAUACGGGAGGGCAACGUUCCGGAGGGCCUGUUCCUCAUCCUUAGCGGCACGUGCGAGAUCAUCCGAGGCGGCGCCGCGACGCCCCCUACUCCGCCGCCCGGCGCCGCCGCCGGCGCCGGCGGCGCCUGUGGGUCCCCAAGGAUGGCGCGGGCCGUGAGCGGCGUGAGCGCGGCCGCGUUUGGCUCGGCGGCCGCCGCCGCGGACUUUGCGGACCGGCUGAGCGACUCCGAAGACGAGGUGGACGAGGAGGACGAAGAGGAGGAGGAAGACGAGGAGCCGGACGCUGACCUGGCGGCGCCUGGGACGGCCCCCAGGUCCUGCAGUGUUGCGGCGACGCCCGCGGCUGCUGCGGCGGCCGGAAAGUUUGAGAGUCCGGCGGUGGAUACUGAGCUGGUCGGGGUUGCAUUCUCCCCUGGCUUUGCCGCCGGCUGCGGCGGCGGCGUCAGCCCAAAGGCGGGCGCCAAGGCUCCGGCGCCCUUUGCGGUGUUCGCGCGCGGGUGGAGCAGCGGCGACGGCGCCGGCCCCGGCGCCGGCGGCUGGGCCGAGGGCGUGCAGAGUGGCAGGGACAGCCCCGUGCCGUCCGCCGGCGGCGACGGCGCCCGCACGCCGCCGCGCGUGACACUAAGGCGCGUCUCGAAGCUCAUCGGCCGCCUGUCCGCAGCGGCGGCCGCGACGCUGCAGGCGCAGCAGCACUCGCGCGGCGCGUCGCCGCCGCCGGCGGCCGCGAUCGUCGGCGGCGGCGGCGUGCUGGGGCAGCGGCCGGGCAGCGGGUCGAGCGCGGGGAGCCUCGGGCCCUUGAAGGCGCGGCGGGCGACAUCAGCAGAGCUGGAGAGUCCUGGACUCUCUGCCGCG